AGUCGAAAGAUCUCCGCCCUUCCCAACGGCGCACAAGCAGCCCUAGGCGUAGUUGCAGUUAGUACCGGUGCCGAAUCUUCGACACAACCGCCUGGUCCUACUGACCUGGUCGUUGGACAUCUCUCGGGCACUACUUUUUCAUCAUCGCCAGGUGUUACCAUCACGCCACCACCGCCACAGUCUGCCCCAACCUCAUCUGCUGGUGGAAUCAGCUCGACCGCUGGGCCUGGUGUGGACACUCUUGAUGCCUCAACCAGCCCUGGAGAUGUGGGCAAGACAGUUCCGGCUGCAUUAGGAACAACACUAAACGGGAAGGAUGUGUCUUCUGGCUUCCUAACUGUAGGUAGUCGUCACGAUUUGGAUGUCGGGGGACAUAAAGACGAGGAGCCUGGAGGGCAUGGCAACGAUCCAUCCUUGAUGAGAACUGGCAGGUGUGCUCAUAUCAUUAUACCUACGUCUGUCUAUCUCCGCAUGCAUGUGCUUUUUUCGCUUACCAUUUUUUGA